ACAGCUAGCGCUAGCUUCUAACAUUAGUUAGUUUACAAGUCUGCUUGGUUUCUCCUGCAAAGCCAUUUUCCAGCGACAGAAACGUUCGAAAGUUGUGCAUUUCUAACAGAUUUCUAUGCUGUAAUGGGUUGCGCAACAAAAAGUCAGUUUGAAACAAGUGUGUGUGUGUGGGCGAGAUUACAAAUUUGGUCGUCAAGCCAGCUGCUACAGUAGCCUAGAUUUUUGUCCACCACAUCAUAACGAUUGUAUGGUUUAAAUGGCUAAAUCACUGGACAAUGGACACUCAAAGCCAACCAUUAUUUGUAAUUAGUUUCUUCUCUUGUAUUGUAUUUAUUAGUGAUCCUUUUUUUACUUGAUGUUGCUGUUGGCAUACAUGUAAGAUGAAGUUGAUGUAAUUUCUCUUUUAGGUCAGUACAUCAUUAAUGUUACAUACAGAAGAAAGACCAGCUACAAAAGAUAUUGGUUGCCAGACUGAGCCCCCUGAAAGAAAGAGUGUUGGCACACAACUGUCUUCUAGGACUCUUCGUUCACAUCACAAAAGUGAAGCUGUCCAGGCUACUGUCUCCUGUAAGGACUUUGGCACGUCCACUGAUCCCUUCAUAGCCCCACUGCCUUGUCUAAGCUCAACACCCAUAAAGCGACCGUCUAAGAGACCUCGCCUGGAGGAGGAGGAGGAGGACAUCGACCCUCUCGAGGGCAGCUCAAUGGUUACUUCUCAAGGGUCAAUCUUUGACCCUGCAGAAUCAGCUUUGGCAGAGUCAACACUCAUGUCAGAUGCUUUGUUUACUUCCACACAGGCAGUUCCAAAGUACAUAGUGUAUGAGACCUGUUUGAUGGAACUGUUUGAGGUGUGUGCUGUAUGCAAGCGUUCAUGCACUGUAAAAUCCAAAAGGCUUGGGACAUUUUUAUCAGUGGAACAGCUUUGCAACCACUGUGAAUAAUUCAGAAGUUGGAAAAGCCAGCCUCCUCUGGGUAACACACCAGCUGGGAAUGUACAGCUGUCUGCUCCAGUAUACAUCAGUGGAGCUUCGUUCUUCAAACUCCAAAGGGUAAAUGAAGAAUGAGUAAAUAAUUGCUUGCUCCAUUGUUGAUAUGGCAUGUGCCAUGUUUGUGGAACCAGCUAUUGUGCACACCUGGAAAAAAUCGCAGGACAUGAUGUUGCAGCAGCUCAGCCAAGAUAAGAAAGUCAUUCUCGGUGGGGACAUGAGGGCUGACUCUCCAGGCCACUGUGCAAAAUAUGGUAGCUAUACCAUGAUGGACCUCAACACCAACACUAUUGUUGAUCUCCAGUUGGUUCAGAGCAAUGAGGUUGGUGGAAGCUCCUACAUGGAGAAAGAGGGCUUGAAGAGGAGCCUAUCAUUGUUGGAUUCACGAGGGGUAACUAUUGAUUGCAUUGUCACCGACCGACACCCCCAAAUUCAAAAAUUCCUGAGGGAGGAAAACAUCACCCAAUUCUACCAUGUCUGGCACAUGGAGAAAGGACUUUCAAAGAAAAUAGCUAAAAUUACCCAAAAAAAGGACUGUGAAAAAGUGAAGUGGAUUCCAGCCAUCAGAAACCACAUUUACUGGACAGCUGCAUCAUCCAAAACGGGGCCAGAGAGAGUGGCUAAAUGGACCUCCCUCCUGAACCAUGUUCAGAAUGUCCAUACACAUGAGGACCCCAUCUUCCCAAAAUGCCUCCACACAAUCCGAAAAACUAGGGACAAGAGUAAAUGGCUCUCAGCAGGAACUCCUGCGUUCUACCAUCUAGAAAAGGAGCUGACCAAGAAGACUGUCCUAAAGGAUAUUGCUAAACUCAGUCCCCACUACCAGACGUCCUCUUUGGAGGCGUUCCAUAGCGUCAUUCUGCGGUUUGCACCCAAAAAUGUUGUCUAUCCAUAUCUUGGAAUGCUGUGCAGACUCUACCUGGCUGCACUGCAUUACAAUGAGAACGCUAAUCGAGGACAAGCCACCACAUCUUCAGGGGAUCCUCUUUAUAAACUCAGCUUUCCAAAAUCCAGGAAGGGAGAGUGCAGAGCCAGACCAGUGAAGACAGACGCUACAUUCCGGUAUGUUGAUGGAUGAUAUGAUGGACAUGAUCAUGGAGAAAGUCUUUGUUGACCCAUCAUCGUAUGCAGACGAGAUUCUGAAGCUAAACAUCCCGCCGGACCUGUCUUCAGAAUAUGAGCAUCCAGACAAGGAGGAGGUCAUCGCCAGCUACGUCUCAAGAUUCAA